GUAUGUGACGGCAGUGUCUGCUCGUUGCCGGCGAUGGCGAGGAGAUGAUGCUCGGCGACGGGCCGCAAUAAUGGGGAGACGCCAAGGAUCACCCAAGUUGGGAUGACAAGCCGUGCAGCCUUCAAUGGCUAGACUGGUGCCACGGGUGGGCCGAUGGAAUGGCGAUGCUUGACGUCGAGAGUGCGAGAGAGGAGGGAGAAGCUGGGAGUGAGUGGGAGAUAAGGCUGAGCCUGGCUGAGAUAAUGUUGAUCGACCCAGUGAAUGCACCGGAGUUCGCCAGUGUGGGCGGUGAGCAGUUUCCUCGGCCUCGCUGCAAACGCCGGCCGUCCCGAUGGACCCCAGUGCAGGCCCAUGCCCCGGCGUCGCCUCGCCACGCGUGCGAACACCAAUGUCCCCCCUUUGGUGGUCGGCUCUGACGCUCAACCCACACCCUUCUCAACGCCUGACAACGACAACAGCCCCUUCUUCCCCACCCACCACGACGUCCUCCCAUGUCGCUCAACGGUGACCGCGACCACCACAUGCUGUCCACCGAUCCGUCUCCCAUUGGGCCCCUCAGUGCAAGCGACGACAGCGACGACACCAACAUGCAGAUCGACUCUGACGUCGACAUUCACAAACUCCCGGACGCAGAUGCAGAUGGUGAAGACGAUGACGAUGUUGACAUUGAGCCCGCCGUCAUACCCGCCCCCGCCCCCGCCUCUUCAUCGUCGCACACGGCAAAGAGAACAAUCAAAGACGAAGACGAGGACUCACAGGGCUACGAGGAUCACUUUCAGGACCCUUCAGAAGAAGAAGAUGCGUCUUAUGCCGACGAGGAGUAUGGUGUAAAGAAGAAGGCUCCGAAGAAGAAGAAGCAGCCCUCCAAGCCUAGAGUCGUCGCGCGCCAUUCAGUGGCGUCGGACUCAGAUUCAGAUUAUGGCUCACGAUCCAAGAAGAAGAAGAGAGUUCGCGUCUCUGCCGACGAAGUCCGUGUAUCAAGUCGGGGAGGCCGAAUCCCAAACUAUGUAGAUGAUGUCCAGGACUUUGAACAGUUCGACGAGGACGAGGUCCUCCCAGCGGGCAAUUAUUCACAAGCGGCAGUUGUCGAGGAGGAAGAGAUCGAGGCAGUUUUAGGUCACCUUCGAGAUGAAGAAGUAGGAGAUGAUGGUGAAGAUGAUUGGUAUUCCAACAUUCGAUUCCAAAUUAAAUGGAAGGGCUGGUCCCACUUGCACAAUACCGAAGAGACAUACGAAUUCCUCAAACGAUACAAAGGUCUCAAGCGUGUGGACAACUACAUCAAAGCGUACAAACUCUAUGCGGAGCGGUUGUCUGCGCCAGACCUCUCGAGCGAAGAUCGCGAAACGUUACUUCUUGAGAAGGAACGCGAAAAGGAGGAACUCGAGAGUUACAAGACUAUCGAACGUAUCAUAUCCCAGCGGGAGGUCACCGAUUCAGAAAAGGGUACCAGCCAUAUCGAGUACUUUUGCAAGUGGAACGGACUCAACUAUGAACAUUGUACUUGGGAAACGCACGACAAGCUCAUCGAGCAGAAGGAGAAGCCACGUAUCGAAGCGUUUAGACAGAGAGAAGCAGAGGCAAAAUUCCCGUACAAGAGCGCGGUCUACGCCAGACACUCGCGACCAGCCUUUAGGAAGCUGGAGGAGGAUCCUCCCUAUCUAGUCGCGACGGGCGGAGAGCUCAAGGAAUUCCAGUUGACUGGACUCAAUUGGCUUACGUACCUUUGGUGCGAGGGAGAGAAUGGAAUUCUCGCGGACGAAAUGGGUCUUGGAAAAACUGUCCAAAGCGUUUCGUUCAUAUCCUGGCUCUUCCACGAGAUGCGACAGUAUGGUCCAUUCUUGGUCAUCGUUCCGCUCUCAACUAUCACAGCGUGGCAGUCCCAAUUUGCGUCCUGGGCUCCGGACAUCAACGUCAUCACCUACAUCGGCACGGCAGCAGCCCGAGAGAACAUCCGCAAUUACGAAUUUGGUCCCUCGAAUAAGAGACUCAAGUUGAACGUGCUCCUCACCACGUACGAAAUCACAUUGCGGGACGCCAAAGAGCUUGGGGACAUCAAAUGGCAGCUUCUGGCCGUGGACGAGGCUCACCGACUGAAGAACUCUGAAAGCCAGCUCUAUGAGGCGCUGAGCUCGUUCUCGGCGGCAUCAAAGCUGCUCAUCACGGGCACGCCACUGCAAAACAACGUUAAAGAGCUUCUGUCACUAAUGCAUUUCCUCAUGCCCGAGAAGUGUGAGUUCACUCCGUUCUUUUCGCUGAAAUGCCCCUUUCCAUGUACUAAUUUCCCGCGGUUGCGCUCCCCGACAGUCCAACUGACAAACGAGUUCGACUUGACUGAUGUUGAUCAUGAGGAAAAGAUCAAGGAGCUGCACAAACAACUCGAAUCGCUGAUGUUGCGCCGUUUGAAACGCGACGUUCUGACAUCCUUGCCGACAAAGAGUGAGCGUAUACUGCGGGUGGAAAUGUCCGCUCUUCAGACGCACUUCUACAAGAACAUCUUGACCAAGAACUUCUCAGGGCUUGUGAAGAGCGCGAACGGCAAUAAUAACAUCAGCUUGCUCAACAUUGCGAUGGAGUUAAAGAAGGCCGCUAAUCACCCUUACCUCUUCGAUGGUGCUGAGGUCAGAACGGACAACACAGAAGAAACGCUCAAAGGCCUGGUGAUGAGCAGCGGUAAGAUGGUACUUUUGGACAAGCUCUUGGCUCGCCUCCGCCAGGAUGGCCACCGAGUACUCAUCUUCAGUCAAAUGGUUCGGAUGUUGGACAUCUUGAGCGAUUACAUGUCUCUUCGUGGGUUCCAACAUCAACGACUAGACGGCAUGGUGUCAUCGGACCAGCGCAAGAAGUCCAUUGCCCAUUUCAAUGCACCCGGAUCUCCCGAUUUCGCUUUCUUGCUCUCUACACGCGCUGGGGGGCUGGGUAUCAACCUGGAGACUGCGGACACCGUUAUCAUCUUCGACAGCGACUGGAACCCACAAAAUGACUUGCAAGCCAUGGCACGUGCGCAUCGCAUCGGACAGAAGUCGCAUGUCAGCGUGUAUCGCUUUGUGAGUAAAGACACGAUGGAGGAGGAUGUUCUCGAGCGCGCGAAAAAGAAGAUGGUCCUUGAAUAUGCUAUUAUUAACCAGAUGGACACGUCUCAAGCACACCUUAGCUCGAAGGGUGGAUCUUCGACCAGGGACCAGGCCAAGCCCAACGACCUGAGCAAGGAUGAACUGCAUGCUGUCUUGAAAUACGGCGCGCAGAAGAUCUUCGACAAGGAUGACAGUGAUCAAAACCAGAAACUGGACGAGAUGGAUCUCGACGACAUUCUCAACCGUGCUGAACACCACGAAACUAUGGCGACCUCUGGUGAAGGCGCCUCCCUCGGUGGUGAAGGUUUCCUCGCUCAGUUUGCGAACGUCAGUGAUGUCAAGAACGACAUGAACUGGGAGGAUAUCAUUCCUUUAGAGGAGCGCCAGAAGUUCGAGCAGGAUGAGGUGCACCGGAAGGCAGAAGAGAUGGUUGCGCAGGAGGCCAAGGAUAGGAAACGGUCCCACGCGCCUGUCUCGUACGAAGGCAUGGACGUCGAACACCCGACAACGUCUGCUCCGCCGAAGAAGCCCAAGAAUCCUGCACCUCAGAGGAAGACAGCUAGUCAAAAGGCUAUGGAGCUCAAAGAGCGAGACGUCCGAGUGCUUAUUCGUAGUCUACAACGAUGGGGCGACAUUCGUCAGCGAUACGAUAUCAUUGUCACUGAGGCCAAGCUUCAGGACAAGAACAAGGGCAUGAUUAUCGACACCGCCGAUGAGAUCGUCGAACUAUGCGCUCAUUCUGUCGAUGACAACGAAGCACAGAAACGUGCUCGGGUUGCUGCUGGUGAAACCCUCACCAAUGCGCAGAAGAGCAAAGCCGUCUUGGUGACCUACCGGAAUGUAGGUAAUAUCAACGCCGAAACUGUUCUUUCGCGACAUCGUGACCUUCAGAUCCUCUUCAAAUACCUCGGAGAUCUUGGAGAUGACAUCUACAACUGGCGAAUACCCAUUGACAACAUCCGGCCGACGCUCAACUGGUCGGGACGUUGGGGCCCUCAGGAAGACGCUAUGCUACUCGUUGGUGCUUAUCUCUAUGGUUUCGGAAACUGGGAGGUUAUGGCCAAGGAUACUCGGCUUGGUCUGGAAGGCAAGUUCUUCUUGGAAGAAGGCAAGAAAGGCGAGGAAUCUGCCUCCAAACCCAUUCCAAACGCCAUUCAUCUUGUACGACGCGGUGAUUUCCUUCUGAGUAUCCUCCGUGAGCACGACGAGAAGCUUCGAGCUAUCGAGAGUACACUGCAGCGGAAGGGUCACAGCACCAAGACGUCCAUCUCGCCGCCGCCACCUAUCGCAUCCACCUCAUAUAGUGCGAGCAUCAAGCGGAGAGCUGAGAGUGAGGCGAUUGCCUCUGUCGACGAGGGCAGUACCAAGAAGAGAAAGCGAAGACCGACGCCGACUUUCACUGAUUCUUCAUCUUCUGACGAAUGUCCCUCCAUGGACGAAGUCGCCACCAAGGAAGAGCUGCGACCGGUCAAGAAACAUCUCAAAAAUCUGAAACUUUCUGGGAAUGAAAUGCCUAGAGAUGAGAAGGUUGCAAUGCUGAAAGAAUCAUUGUCUGCGAUCGGCAAGAGGAUAGAAUUGGUGCUCAAUCAGAAGGAAGCUGCUGGGGAAAACCGUGAUCGUUGGCGACGACAUCUCUGGACUUUUGUUACCUUAUUCUGGCCCAAGAAGGUCAAAGCUGCGAAGUUGGAGGAGAUCCAUGCGAAGAUGGUGAUGAAAGAAAGUGUUCCACGAUCUACGCCAACCGAAGCGCAUUCCAGUGCUCCCAAGAAACCCCGCCUGAGCACCACUGUACCGACUAUGCCGUCCGUCGUCGUAUCGGGUCGCAGCAACGGCUCCUUACCUUCCGCUUCCACAAGUUCAUCACAUACCAACGGCAGAUACCGGUGACCUUGUUAUAUUGCUAGUUAUCUAUGCCUCUUCCUCCACUCUGCAUCUUAGUCUUGCUUUUUGCUGUCGUCGAUAUCGCUUCCAGCCGAUAUCUUGUUUUCUAGGACCCCCAUAUUGUAUCGUUGUUGUUCCCUGCUCGCCCGGACAUUUCAUGGGUGUUCCAAGUUUUUUUUGUGCCUUUCCUCGUUGUAUGUCAACGCUAUCGUAGUCCUAGUCUAGUCCCUUCCCGUACCUCAUUGCUCAUCCAAGUCUUUCUUACAAUCUUGCAUGCUUUUUCCGAUGCUUUUCGCACACUCCAUUUCUACACACAUCGACUUUGGUCAUCCAAGUUAUGUUAUAGCAUUACCGCGUUCCGACAUUACAUACAAUACGGAUUGUACAUCGACGUUUUUGUUGCGUGUUUCGAUCAAGUCGAAGCAUGUUCUGAAAGGGAGAAGACAUAAUGGACUCUACUAGUGCCCUAAGAGAAGAAGAGGUCAAUCAGUAGAAUAGACAUUAGAUGAAGACAAAGGCACAGCUGUCCUGGGUUCAUUGUCAAGGACUUUAUUCUGCGCAAUUUGCGUCAUGUACAAUGAUAUCCCAAGAAACUUGUAUUCGUAUAACUUGCG